AUGUCUGAGCCCAAGGAGAGUCCACCCCAAUUUACAGAUAGUGGCGCCGACUCGGAGUCCUCAUCUCCAGAUCUCUCCCAUGAUGGCCUUGUUCCAACCGUACGAAAAGCCGAACAUGGUGGCAUCGAAGAUGGUCCUUACGAACUGAAAGAGAAUGAUUGCUACGACGCAUUGGCCUAUUCCUGGCCUCGAUGGAAGAAAUGGACAUAUCUUGCAGCCGUGGCCUGUGUACAGGUAUCCAUGAACUUCAAUACCUCAGUUUUUCCAAAUGCUGUUUCGCCACUUUCGGAAGCUUUCGACGUUAGUGAACAGGAAGUUCGAACUGGACAGAUGGCUUACCUUGUGACUUAUUCUAUUGGAUGCGAACUCUGGGCACCAUGGAGUGAAGAGUUUGGUCGCUGGCCCAUUCUCCAGCUCUCCAUGUUCCUCAUCAACAUCUGGCAAUUCAUUGCGGCAUGGGCCCCGAAUUGGGGGAGCAUUGUUGUCGCUCGUGCUCUAGGUGGAAUUUCCACUGCCGGUGGCAGUGUCACUCUCGGCUUGAUCGCUGAUGUUUACGAGCCUGACUCUCAACAAUUUCCUCUUGCUUUCAUCGUCCUCUCUUCUUGCAUUGGUACCAGUAUUGGUGGUGUUAUCGGUGGUCCAAUCGAACGAUUCCUUAGCUGGCAAUGGUUCUUCUGGAUCCAGCUCAUUUUCGGCGCUACCGUACAAGCUAUUAUCUUUUUUAUGCCCGAAAGUCGCUCAACAAUCCUCAUCGAUCGAGAAGCCAAGCGCCGCCGCAAAACCGGAGAAGACCCCAAUUGUUACGGACCUAACGAACUCAAGAAACCUCGCAUUUCCCUGAAAGAGGCCGGCAAGAUCUGGAUGCGACCCUUCCACAUGCUGCUGCGCGAGCCUAUUGUUUUCUGUCUGUCUCUGCUAUCCGGAUUUUCCGACGCUCUGAUCUUCACCUUCCUGGAGAGCUUCACAAUUGUCUAUGCGGAUGGCUGGGAUUUCGGUAUUUUGGCAAUUGCCUGGGCUGUCAUUCCAAUCAACCUCGCCUACUUCCUCGCCUAUUUCUCCUACUUCCCCUGGUUCUGGCGAGAUGAGUAUAUUCGCAAGAAGCACGGAAACGAUGCCCUGGUACCUGAGCGUCGCCUAAAAUGGCUUCUUUGGCUGGCACCAUUCGAGCCGAUCGGGUUAUUCGGUUUUGCCUGGACAUCUUUUGGAAAGGCACGUGGUAUCCCAUGGAUCGCAUCUAUGAUUUUCUCAACAAUGGUAGGAAUUGCAAAUUUUGCCAUUUACCUUUCAUCGGUGGAUUACAUGAUCGCUGCCUACGGUGUAUACUCCGCUUCAGCAUGCGGUGGUAAUGCCUUUGCUCGUGAUCUUCUGGCUGGUAUCUCUGCGAUGUACGCCACACCCAUGUAUACCAAUAUUGGUAGCAAGUGGCAUGUGGAGUAUGCCAGUACUGUGCUGGCUUGUCUUUCCUGCCUGGUCGUCGCUCCUAUAUACGUCUUCUACUGGAAGGGUCCUCAGAUCCGUGAUAGGAGCAAGUUUGCUAAGUCACUCGCUGCUGAUCGGAAGGACAAUGGUGGUCGACGAGUCAGCAAACCCUCAAUUGAACCUUGA